AUGCUCGGCCCUGCCCUCCUGCUGCUGCUGCUGCUGCUGGGCCUCCUGCCCGGGGGGAGCGAGGGGAGUGACCUGGUUAAAUCCAGGCCCUGUGCCUCAACCACAUCCCUUUUCGGAAGGAGCCGGCCAGGAGGUGGGGGAGACAGAAAGGGGAGGCAAGGGAGCCGGGCUGCGUUACCCGGGGCACAAGGAGCAGUUCAUUCCCUCCCCCAACCCUGGCCAGCGCCCCCUUUCCCCGCGUUGGCGCCGGGGCCCUGGUUGCGUAGACCCCUGUUCAGUUUGGAGCUGUCGGAAGCCGAGGACGUCUUCCCGCGCCGCGGGGGACCGCUGGAGGUCCCCGCUGACAGCCGGGUCUUCGUGCAGGCGGCCCUGGCCCGUCCGUCACCUCGCUGGGGCCUGGCCCUGCACCGCUGCUCCGUGACGCCAUCCUCGCGGCCCACCCUGGGGCCAGCCCUGGUGUUGCUGCGCGGGGGCUGCCCUGCUGACAGCUCAGUGGCCUUCCAGCCCCCUCUGUCGCCCCUGCACCCUGGUGCCAUCCUCCCCGUACGCUUCAGUUUCCGCCUGCGCCCGGUCUUCAACGCGUCCGUGCAGUUCCUGCACUGCCAACUGAGCCGCUGUCGCCGCCGCCUCCUCCGGGAAGGCCGCCGGGCACCUGCACCUCAGACGCCCCUGCCACCUUUGUGGUGCCCGUCUCAGGGUGAGGCGUGCGCCGGCGGUGGCGGCAGCGGCAGCAGCAGCGGAGGUGGCGAGAGCCCGGGUGCAGAGAGCCCGCACGUGCACACGCUGACACAGCCCAUCGUGGUCACCGUGCCGCGGCCGCCCCCCAGACCACCCAAGGGCGUCCCGGGCAGGGCCGUGCGGCCGCCGAAGCCGCCCUCGCCAACCCCCGCAGCCCUGGAGCCCGCGCCCGUGGUGGCCCUGGUGCUGACCGCCUUCGUGCUGGGAGCGGCGCUGGCCGCAGGCCUCGGCCUCGUGUGCGCGCACACAGCCGGCCCUCGCGUCGCCCUGUCCCUCCAGUCGCCCUGUCCCGCCCCUGCUGCCCACGCGGGCGGCGCGUCCCCGUCCACUUCCGCCUCCGCGCCGAGCUGUCUUGGCCGCGGCGGCCGCCGUAGCCCCGCCCCCGAGCCGCAGCCCCGCCCCCGAGCCGCAGCCACGAGUGCGGCGCAGGCGUUCGCUGGUAGCCCCGCCCCCGAGCGCGCAGGCGUUCGCUGGUAG